CACGUGACAUGACGCGUCAUUAACAUGGCGACCCAGUGCUGAGACAGCAACGUCUGUCGCUUCGAUACAAGCAGCGGCGACGUCGGCGGCAAGCUUCAGGCAGCAAUUUGACACCUGCAGGAAAGCAGGACUUAGGCCGACAAUGACGGCCUGAAUCUCUGGAGCAAGAAAUGAAAGAGCAACAAGCUGACUUAAAUAAACGGCACACUGAGACAGAAAGCGCUACAACGAAGAGCAUGUUUGUGUCUCGGGCGCUGGAGAAAAUCCUGUCGGAUAAAGAGGUGAAGCGAAGUCAACACAGCCAGCUGCGCAAGGCCUGUCAGGUGGCUCUGGAGGAGAUCAAACUUGAGCUUGAAAACCAGAAGGAUGGUACCGUGGUCCCUCCAAAAGCUAAUUACAUCGAAGCCGACAAGUAUGUUUUACCCUUUGAGCUGGCAUGUCAAUCAAAGUCUCCACGCAUUGUCAGUACGUCGUUGGAUUGCUUACAGAAACUUAUUGCUUAUGGCCAUAUCACGGGCAAUGCCCCAGACAGCGGUGCACCAGGAAAGCGGCUGAUCGACCGACUGGUGGAGACGAUCUGCAACUGUUUUCAGGGUCCGCAGACCGAUGAAGGAGUGCAGCUCCAGAUUAUCAAAGCUCUCCUCACUGCAGUCACGUCUCCUCAUAUAGAGAUUCAUGAAGGGACAAUUCUGCUGACUGUGCGCACCUGCUACAACAUCUACCUGGCCAGCCGUAACCUGAUCAACCAGACCACAGCCAAGGCCACACUAACUCAGAUGCUCAAUGUUAUUUUUACACGCAUGGAGAGCCAAGCGGCUCUCGAGGCCCAGGAAGCAGAGAAAGAAAGGCAGCGGCUUCACGUCCCAAAUCCUGUCCAAACCUCACAAAACAAUUCGCCUACACCAGGAGUGUGUGCGUCCCCACAGAACGGCCCUCCAGAGCCGUGUAUGAGCCCUCCUGAACUCUCAUCCACACCCCCUACUCCUCAGAACAACUCCAUCAACGGACAGUCAGAGAGACCAUUAACAGAAGAGGAAGCGGCUGCACAAGUACAGAAUACAACCCAAACUUCUCAACAAGAACUGCAGGAGUCAGAUCCACUGGAACAGAGGGUUGGUGAUGGAGAGGAGGGUCGUAUGGUGGCUGAGAUGGAGCGAGUCUCAGAGGCUCAGGAGGAGGCAGAGCCAGACAGUGGCCUGGGAGAGAGCUCUGUGGAGGGAGGCUUGGACCAGCAUUCUGACUCCGAGUCCAAAGUGGCACUGCCUAUGACCAGGACAGACACUCAGCAAAUGAAUGGUGUUGUGGAUGACCAAACCUCUGUGUCCUCAGACAUUCUGGAGACUGAAGCACUUCAGAGUACACAGACAGCAGCCCGCUUCUCACACAUCCUACAGAAAGACGCUUUCCUGGUUUUCCGUUCCCUUUGCAAACUAUCGAUGAAGCCGCUGGCUGAUGGCCCACCAGACCCUAAGUCUCAUGAGCUUCGCUCUAAGGUGGUCUCACUUCAGUUGCUGCUGUCAGUGCUCCAGGGGGCCGGUCCUGUGUUUCGCACACACGAGAUGUUUGUGAACGCUAUCAAGCAAUACUUGUGUGUGGCACUGUCUAAAAACGGAGUCUCAUCUGUGCCUGAGGUGUUUGAACUCUCCCUAGCCAUCUUCCUCACCCUGCUGUCCCACUUUAAAGUACACCUUAAGAUGCAGAUUGAGGUGUUUUUCAGAGAGAUUUUCCUGACUAUUCUAGAAACUACUACCAGCUCUUUUGAGCACAAGUGGAUGGUCAUCCAGACACUGACUCGCAUUUGUGCAGAUGCCCAGUGUGUAGUGGAUAUCUACGUGAACUAUGACUGUGACCUAAAUGCGGCAAAUAUCUUUGAGCGGCUGGUGAAUGAUCUGUCAAAAAUUGCUCAAGGUCGGAGUGGGCAGGAGCUGGGAAUGACUCAGCUGCAGGAGCUGAGUUUACGCAAGAAAGGAUUAGAAUGCCUGGUGUCUAUUCUGAAAUGCAUGGUGGAGUGGAGCAAAGACCUGUAUGUCAACCCUAACCUGCAGGCCAAUCUAGGUCAGGAGCAUCAGGCUGAAGGAGAAGGAGUAGAAGCUAAACUCCCUGAACACUUGUCCUCUCGCAGAGACAGUGUCGGCUCUCAGGACUCAGCCGUGUCCUCCAGCGUUCAGGCUUCCCAGCCUGACCAUCCUGAACAGUAUGAGGUUAUCAAACAGCAGAAAGAGAUUAUUGAGCAUGGCAUUGAGCUAUUUAAUAAAAAGCCCAAGAGGGGUGUGCAAUACCUACAGGAACAAGGCAUGCUGGGAUCCUCUGCAGAGGACAUCGCUCAGUUUCUGCACCAGGAGGAGAGGCUCGAUACAACUCAAGUUGGGGAGUUCCUUGGUGAGAACGCCAAGUUCAAUAAGGAGGUGAUGUACUGCUACGUAGACCAGCUUGACUUCUGUGGCAAGGAUUUUGUGUCGGCAUUGCGCACGUUCCUCGAAGGCUUCAGGUUGCCAGGAGAGGCACAGAAAAUCGAUCGGCUCAUGGAGAAGUUUGCAGCACGCUAUCUAGAGUGCAAUCAGGGGCAGACUCUGUUCGCUAGUGCUGACACGGCCUAUGUGCUCGCGUACUCCAUCAUCAUGUUAACCACCGAUCUGCACAGCCCACAAGUGAAGAGCAAAAUGACAAAAGAACAGUACAUUAAAAUGAACCGUGGCAUUAAUGACAGUAAGGAUCUGCCUGAGGAGUACCUUUCCUCUAUUUAUGAUGAAAUAGCAGGAAAGAAGAUUGCCAUGAAGGAGAGUAAAGAGUACUCCAUCACCCCAAAGUCUAACAAGCAGGCAGGUGUAGCUAGUGAGAAACAGAGACGGCUGCUGUAUAAUGUGGAAAUGGAGCAGAUGGCUAAGACAGCUAAAGCCCUGAUGGAAGCUGUGAGCCACGCUCAGGCUCCUUUCUUCAGCGCCACCCACCUAGAGCAUGUCCGCCCAAUGUUUAAGUUGGCAUGGACACCCCUGUUGGCAGCGUUCAGUGUGGGCCUGCAGGACUGUGAUGACCAGGAGGUGGCGUCUCAGUGUCUGGAGGGAAUCCGUUGUGCCAUCAGGAUUGCCUGCAUUUUCAGCAUGCAGCUGGAGCGUGAUGCAUAUAUUCAGGCCUUGGCCAGGUUUACACUGCUCACUGCUAGCUCCAGCAUUACAGAGAUGAAGCAGAAGAACAUUGACACCAUUAAGACCCUCAUCACUGUAGCACACACUGACGGGAACUACUUGGGCAACUCCUGGCAUGAGAUUCUGCAGUGUAUCAGUCAGUUAGAACUGGCUCAGCUGAUUGGCACAGGAGUAAAGACACGCUAUAUCUCCGGUGUUGUCCGAGACCAGGGAGGAAGCAUUAAGGGCUUUCCCACAGGCGGAGAAGAGUUUAUGCCUCUUGGUUUAGGCACACUGGUUGGAGGUCCAGACAGACGUCAGAUGGCUCACAUUCAGGAGUCAGUGGGGGAAACCAGCUCCCAGAGUGUAGUGGUAGCAGUGGACCGAAUUUUCACAGGAUCCACCAGGCUUGAUGGAAAUGCAAUUGUUGACUUUGUGCGCUGGCUAUGUGCGGUGUCAAUGGAUGAACUGGCUUCUGCUCACCAGCCACGCAUGUUCAGCCUGCAGAAGAUUGUGGAGAUCUCCUACUAUAACAUGAACCGCAUCCGACUGCAGUGGUCCCGCAUUUGGCAGGUCAUAGGAGACCACUUCAACAAGGUCGGCUGCAACCCUAACGAGGAUGUGGCCAUCUUUGCUGUUGACUCUCUGAGACAACUUUCCAUGAAGUUUUUGGAGAAAGGAGAGUUGGCCAACUUCCGCUUCCAGAAGGACUUCCUUAGGCCGUUUGAGCACAUUAUGAAGAAGAACAGAUCUCCAACAAUCCGGGACAUGGUGAUCCGCUGUGUAGCUCAGAUGGUGAACUCACAGGCAGCGAACAUCCGCUCAGGCUGGAAGAACAUCUUCUCUGUGUUCCACCAGGCAGCAUCAGACCACGAUGAGUCCAUAGUGGAGCUUGCCUUCCAAACCACAGGACACAUUGUCAUGAAAACGUUUCAGCAGCACUUUGCUGCAGCCAUCGACUCAUUCCAGGAUGCAGUAAAGUGUCUGUCUGAGUUUGUAUGCAAUGCUGCGUUCCCUGACACUAGCAUGGAAGCCAUCCGGCUCAUUCGACACUGUGCCAAAUAUGUGUCUGACAGACCACAGGUACUGAGAGAGUACACUAGUGAUGACAUGAACGUUGCUCCUGGUGACCGGGUGUGGGUGCGAGGCUGGUUCCCUAUCCUGUUCGAGCUCUCCUGUAUCAUCAACCGCUGCAAGCUAGACAUCAGGACCAGAGGGCUGACUGUGAUGUUUGAGAUUAUGAAGAGUUAUGGACACACUUUUGAGAAACACUGGUGGCACGACCUAUUCCGCAUCGUCUUCCGCAUCUUUGACAACAUGAAACUUCCAGAACAGCAGACUGAGAAAACCGAAUGGAUGACCACUACAUGUAACCAUGCGCUCUAUGCUAUUUGUGACGUCUUCACGGAGUUCUACGAGCCGCUCAGCGAGGUUUUGCUGGUUGAUGUUUUUGCUCAGCUGCAGUGGUGUGUCAGACAAGAUAAUGAGCAGCUAGCACGUUCAGGCACCAACUGCUUGGAAAACUUGGUUAUCCAGAAUGGAGAGAAGUUCAAUGGGGAAGUUUGGGAUAUCACCUGUACUUGCAUGCUGGAAAUCUUCCAGUCUACCAGCCCUCAUGCCUUGUUGACAUGGAGACCAGCUGGGCAGGAAGAGGAGGUGGGAGAUGGGAAACACAUGGAUGUGGAAAUGGACUCUCAGUCUCAGAGCAGCUUUGAGAGGACACUGUCAGAGAGAGGACAGAGUCAAAUGUCCACUGCUAGUGAUGAGGCCUGGAGGGGAAAGCCCCAUGCACGAGUUUCGGACCAGAGGCUGUUUGCAGGGCUCCUCAUCAAGUGUGUGGUGCAGCUGGAGCUCAUUCAGACCAUAGAUAACAUUGUCUUCUACCCAGCCACCAGCAAAAAGGAAGACGCUGAGAACAUGGCUGCCGCUUUGAGAGAUUCUCUGGAGGAGAACGAGGAGGGUGAGCCAAAGGGCGAGUCAGAGCAAGGCAUGUAUGGGCAUCUUUCUCCUCAGCACCUCUUCAAGCUGCUCGACUGCCUACUUGAGUCACACAGCUUUGCUAAAACCUUCAACUCCAACAACGAGCAGAGGACAGCACUCUGGAGGGCAGGAUUCAAGGGCAAGUCCAAACCUAACCUACUGAAGCAGGAGACGAGCAGCUUGGCCUGCAGUCUGAGGAUACUGUUCCAAAUGUAUUCGGACAAGCAACUGCAGGGCGCAUGGCACGACAUCCAAACUCGACUGCUACUUGUGUGCAGUGAAGCCUUGGCCUACUUUAUCAGCCUAACCUCAGAGAGUCACCGAGAGGCCUGGACCAGCUUACUGCUGCUCCUACUCACAAGAACACUCAGGCUCCCUGAUGACAAGUUCAAGCCACAUGCCUCCUGUUACUACCCCCACCUAUGUGAGAUGAUGCAGUUUGACCUUAUCCCUGAGCUUCGUGCUGUCCUGCGUCGUUUCUUCCUCCGCAUCGGUUCAGUCUUCCACAUCGCUGCCCCAGAGAUGGCACACACACGAACCACCGCCUCAUAGGCCUCUGCAUGACGUGUGUGUGUGUGUGUGUGUGUGUGUGUGUGUGUGUACACUAUGGGAUGAGGAGGCAGGAAGUGAUUAAAAACCUUAAGUGUUCCAUAUCCCUCCUUGGGUGUGAAGAACCAUGCAGGAUCUGGGUUCUGUGUGUGUAAAACUUAUUCUCCGUGUCUGGAUCUCAUGACCUUUUCACCCUUCUGCUCCUCUUGAAGAGAGAACAGCACUGUGAGCCAGCAGAGCUUUUUCUCUAAGCUGACUGUUGAAGAUACUGUGCAGCUCAGUCAAAUCAUAUCAUAUCAUUUAUACCACAACAGAGGGGCAGUAUGACAAAAAUAAUUAAUUUAUUAACCAUAUGGUUAUCUGUCCUGUUCCUGAUUGUAAGUUGAUUUUUGUUUUUAUAUAAUUUUUUCGUUGUUCUCCAUCAUUUUUGUCACUAUGUCAACAAACAGCAAUGUCCCAAAGAACAGAGCUGGAAGAGCAAGAGCUGAAUUUAACAUUUACACAUUUGGUACAUGAAGCAAGAUUAUGCCUCUGAUAAAAGAUUUACUAAAUCCUCAGUUAGGAAUCAUAGCAGGAGAUACAAUGUUUGGGCAGUAAAUGUAUACCUGCUGUGUUGUUAAUCUCUUUUGGUAUAUUUUGAUCAUUUCUGAUAGGAGCAUUAAUGACCAGCAGUGCAAAUGAGACUCUCCUGCUGGUUUCUCCAACCAUACUGCAUUCAUAUAACACCGAAGUGAAACAUAACUUUUGAAUUGUAGCUUUGGGUCUUGUGUGUGCCAGGUUACCAGUGAGAAUCCUGAAAAUGGAGACUCUUAUCUCCUCUUCUGAUGAGCGUUUUAAUAAGAAUACAGAUUAACGGUUAAUUUGAGUUGACCUAAUAUUGGCCAGGGACAGUUGAGCUGCUCACAUAUUUUUGAUUUCAUCAUUCUGUCCAUUCCGUUAACUCUGUAAUACACACUACACACUACACACCACUGCGUAAAUGUGCAAACAAACUGUUUGGCCGGGAAAAUGUUAAGAAAAGGCCUGGUCCAUUUGCCUAUAUUUAAGGAAACAUGUAGGUUGCCUUUCUGUUUUUCCUACUAGGUGGAAAGUCCCUGCUUAGUGGACGGAUUCAUUGUCUUUCCAGAUCCAUCGUCAGCUGAGCUUUUCCCCCCCAGUAUUCAGAGUGAUCAAGUCAGCUUGCUUCAUUUAUUUUGCAGUGUUGCCAUGAACAACUCCAACACCAAGCAAAUGAUUAAAAAAGGUUACAUCUACUGUAUAAUGCAGAUUUGUUUAUACUUGAGUAUAACAGUAUAAAGCCUCUGUAGUAACAGAGCGUAUGAAGCUUUGGAUUCGAUUUUAUGCGGAUGUAUUUAAUUCUUUGAAGUGCAUUUAAAUAUUUUCUGAAAGCAUUCCUUCCCUUGCAACUAUAUGUCUACUUUGUGCCCCUGAUGUAUGGGGAAUAUAAAUAUAUACAGUAAGAAAAAUUAUGAAGUGUAAAGUUUUCAUGUAAAAUAAAGAAUUAAAUGCACUACA